AUGAAUGUCCCAAAUUUUAUCACAAAACUCUACAAUUUGGAAACAUUAAAGCUGCCAGAGUGUGUGGAAAAGCUUCCAAAAGAUUUCCACAACUUGGUUAGCUUAAGACAUUUUUAUCUUGAAGAUAGAGAUCAGAACAGGAAAUUGAUGCCAAUGAAGAUAGGGCAGUUGACAUCUUUGCAAACAUUACCAUUUUUUGUUGUGGGCGAGAAGAGUGGCCACAAAAUUGAAGAGUUGGGUAGCUUAAGCAAGCUAAGAGGUAGAUUACAGGUUUACAAUCUACAGAAUAUGAAAGACAAGGACGAAGCAGAGAAGGCUAAGUUAUUAGAAAAAUCAGACAUUCAAGAGUUGCGAUUGAGAUGGGACAAAGACCUUGGAGAGUCCAACAAUAACCAUGAGGCUGUGUUGGAAGGACUCAAACCUCACCGGAAUGUUAAAGGAUUAAUACUUGAAAAUUUUGGAGGAAGAAGAUUGGUGUCAUGGAUGAGUAGAGAUGCCCGCUUGCUUCAAAAUUUGGUGAAGAUCGAAUUCAAAGACUGCAUGUUAUGUGAGCAAGUCCCUGCGCUCGGACACCUUCCACAUCUUGUAACUAUCAGAAUGGAUGGUUUGUAUAAUUUGAAGCGUAUUGGUUUUGAAUUGUAUGGAUUGGAUGAACGGAUUAUUGGUGAUUGUAGUAGUAGUGGUGGGGCAGUAACAAUAGUAUUUCCUGCAUUGAGGAUAUUCAACCUUAAUAAUAUGCCCCAGCUGGAAGAAUGGUCAGACGUAUCAUCACUGCCACAUGUUGCAGCGAGUAGAAUGGAGUUCUUCCCUCGUCUCCAGGAGUUACAUAUCUGGAAGUGCCCCAAGUUGAUUACCAUUCCAGUUUAUGUAACCAAGUCCUGAGAUCUCUUUGGAAGAACCUCUGCCCUCCUAAGGUGGAAAUAUUUGCGUGGAUAGCAAUUCAGGAGAGGAUACCAACUAGAUCAGUGCUUUCUAACAGGAAUAUCAUUCCAGAGGGUCAAUCGGUUUCCUGCCCUUUGUGCUCCUUGCAUCUUGAAACGCCAGACCAUCUGUUAUUGCAAUGUCAAUUUUCUUGGAAGACCUAGUCUCUUAUUUUGGAUUGGUGGCAUGUGACGUGGGUAUGUCUGAAAUCGUUAUCAGAUUUGGCUUUGUGGUGGUUUGACACCAGGUUUAGGAAUCUGGAGAAAAGUGUGUGGGUAGUGUCUUUUUAUGCCACACUGUGCUCUUUGUGGCUGGCUCGAAAUGACUAUGUGUUUAAUAACGCUACUACGAGUUUUGAAGAGGUGGGAGAAUUGGUAAAAUCUAGAGUUGAAAUGCGGAUGAAGACCAAGUUCGCAAUCAAGAUUUAUUCGGUGGAGGAGUUUAAGGUGUACCUUGAUGGCAUUUGUAAGCUUAAGUUGUAGUUCGUGUUGAGGUGUUGUGUCUGUCCAACAUUGUGUUGAAUGGGCUAGUUAUGUCUGCUUUCUUUUAUUUCUCCCUCGAUGUACCCUUUCGAGUUUUUAUAAAAUAGUUUCGUUUGGCGAGAAAAAAAAAAUUUAUUGUACUUAAUACUCUAUUUUUCCAUUUUGUCUUCUCUUUCCUCUCAAACCAAACAAGGGGAAGAGAAAUUUGUUUUCACUCUCCCAUCCUUUCUCCACAUUCCAAAUAAAGAGAGAUAUGGAAAUAGCGGAAAUGGACACCAAACCAGCUACAAAACCUAGAGGGUUUCUUGAGAAGUUAGAAAUGUAUCGUUUUCAUAAUCUGAUGGGUCCAUUUGACAAAACAGAAGCAGCAUUCAGAGGCUCGACAUCCCUACAACGACUUUGGAUCACCGAUUGCCCGGAGUUG